AUGAUUUCGCUCAACAAAUGUUCAAACGUGUACAUUGGAUUGUUCCUUUGAUCUAUUACAUAUCUGGGAUGAAAUUUGUUUGCCAAUGAUUUUAGCUCAAAGAGUAAUCCGUAAGUUAAUUUUUGAAGGUUACAACGUUCGUAAUACAAUUCAUUGUGUAAAAAAUUUAUCAUCUUUGGGAAUGGGGAGUAAAAAGGCUUUGGUCGUUGUGGCAAAUGGGUCUGAAGAAAUUGAAUCUGUUACACCAAUCGAUGUUCUACGUCGGGCCGGGGUCCAGGUGACCGUGGCAGGAUUGGGUGAUUCUACUCCGAAGAUCUGUUCCAGGGACGUUAUUGUGGGGGUGGAAAUGUCACUGAUGGAUGCCAAUGGGUCUUGUCCCUAUGAUGCCAUUCUCCUACCUGGCGGUCUGAAAGGGGCGGAGGCAUUUGUGGAGUCAGAAGAACUUGGUGAAAUGCUUCGAGAACAGGAUAAAGCAGGACGUCUGGUGGCAUCAAUUUGUGCAGGGCCAACAGCAUUGAAAAAACAUGGCAUUGGUCUUGGAAAAUCAAUUACUUCAUAUCCGGGUGUUAAGGACAAGUUAUUAGAGGGAAAUUUGUACACGUACAAGGAGGACAGAGUCGUCGUUGAUGGCAAUGUCAUUACUAGUCGUGGUCCAGGAACUGCUUUGGAAUGGUCGUUGGCCAUUGUAGAAAAUCUCGUGGGAAAAGAAAAAGCAGAUCAGGUUGGCAAAGCUAUGUUACUUAAAGAUUGAAAUCAUAAUAAACACGUAAAAGUAUGAUUGGAAAAAGUUUA